AUGUAAAAUUAAAUCAUACUCCUCUAAUUAAAAAAAUAAUUAGAAGACACCAUCAAAACCUAACAAUUACUUUAAAAAUUACCAACAUAAAAAAUGGUACAAUUUAAUUCUGUCAUGUAUCUGGAUGCUAAAAUUCCAAAAUAAGAUAAAUGUCUUAUUUCACUAGAAGCAGACUAUGCAGCUGAAGUAUCAUUAAAUUCUGCACAUUAAAUACUCUAAAGAAGAAGAAUAAGAUUGGAAGAAAACUUUAAUAAGCUAAGGGAAUAAGAAUCAUAUGAAGAAAUGUAGCAUGAUUUAGGAAACAAAAUAGAUGAGAAUAUUGAUAAAAAUGUAAAUAAAAGUGAUGAUGUCAAUAAUAAUUCAGAUUAGAAUAAUAAAUAAUAAUAAGAUAUAAUCCAAAAAUUAAAGGAAGAAGAAAGACUUAGAUUAAAAUAAAAAUAAGAAAAAGAAAAAGAAAAAUAAGAAAAGUUAGAAAAAGAAAAAUAAAAUUAAUAAAUUGGGUAAGUAACAUAAUUAGCAGAUGGCUUAUUUGAAAUUGAAGAAAAAUAUGUUGAAGAAGAAAUUAUUAAUAAAUAAAAAAUAAAUGAAGAAAAAUCGCUUCUAUUAAAAUUAUGUGCUGAGGCUUUCAAUAAGGAAAAAUAUGAUGAUUAUAAUAAAUACACACUUUAAUUGAAGGAAUUGAACGAAAAACUAAAUUAAACUAAGCCUAAAUCCUAAAUUGAUGACUAAAUUUAAUAGUAAAAAUAAACAAAUUUAAUUCAAUAAUAAUUGCCACCUAUUCAAGAAAACGAAGAAACUUAAUAAGAAGAAUAACCAAAAAAACUUUCAAAAUUUAAAUAAGAAAGACUUAAACAAAAAAAAUGA